AAUAAAAUGCGAAAUGAGUUGGGGUUAGAUUUUGGGCCUGCGGCUGCCUGAGCCUGGCCAGAAACAUGUGAGCCAGAGUCACGUACGGAGGCUGUGACGAGUUAUAUGCAAAUGCAGGCAACACAACUCUGGGAAAGCAUUCAAAAUAUAAUUAAAUAGCAGAGCCAGAAGCACAAACAAGUCAAAUAACAAAUAUGCAUGUGUGUUCUAUGCCGUGGGCCAUGACAAGCUACUUGAGCUGAUGAAACUCGGAUUAAAAACAAAAACAAGCGAACAGCACAAAAAAAAAAAAAAAAAACAACUUAAUAACAACAACAGCAAAAGCGAAUACAAAUACACAUAUCCAAGGUGUGACACGAAGCAGCCACCAAUCCUCGCACGCAAUAAAAUGCGCUGUCGACGAGCAGCUGAAGGAGCCACAGCAGCAGGAGGAGGAGCAAAGCCUGGCGCAAAAGUUGUUGCCAGGAGGGGCAGCGGAUUUGCUGCUGGAUCUGGAGUCAAGGGAGCUGGCAGCGUACUGCUGGCAUUUCUGGCAGCUGUCAGCUUUCGUGGCAUGCGCACCCCACUGGCAGCAAGUGCGUCCACAAUUGGCGACAACUCAUCGCUAAUUGCGGCAACAAACGGAGCAACUGAUACCAAUCCGGCUUUCACGACUGCUACAACAUUGCUGGACCGAGUGGGCGUCAAUCAAUUGGCCAUUGAGCAGAGCACAACGGAACAGCAAACUGCUGCGGACAUUUGGAGCGAGCGACUCGAUACGGCAACUUUGACAAAGGGCUUCUCGAUACCCACGUAUUUGCCACCGUUUCCGGAUUUCAUUGCUGCUGAUUUGCCCCAGACACUGACAACGACAAUGCCGCACAGCCGAAUCCCCGCGGGCCAGGACAACGAUGCCAACUCCCUGCAAUCGGGUCUUAAUAAGCAGCUCCACUCCCAAUCCCAGCCCCAACCACAUAUGCGUCUACAUGCCUACGACAGUGAACAAAAGGAGCAGCAGCUGCGGCGAGAGAAGCAACUGGCACGUGAGCGGGAGCAGCUGCCACGGCGACAGCUCAGUCUGCCAUCCCGGAAUGUAACAGUACAGGCGGGCCAACAUGCCUAUCUGCCAUGUCAGCUGCAUCAGCACUCAAACAAGCCCCUCUCCUGGGUUCGACUACGGGAUGAGCACAUCAUAGCCGUUGAUCACACAACCUUCAUCAAUGAUGCACGUUUCGCAGCGCUGCUCCAAUCAUCGCAGGCAAAUUUCACAAACAGCCUAUUGGAAGCCACAAACGGCAGCAGCCUCGGCUGGACGCUGCUCAUCAAAUAUGUCAGUCUGCAGGAUACCGGCUGGUAUGAAUGCCAGCUGGCCACAGAGCCAAAGAUGAGCGCCAAAGUGCAGCUAUUCGUCAUAACACCCAAAACGGAGCUAAUUGGCGAUAAGCAGCGCUUUGUCAAGGCCGGCAGCAGAGUGGAGCUGCAUUGCAUAGUGCGCGGCACUCUGGAGGCACCGAAAUAUAUAGUCUGGUAUCGUGAAAAACAACAGGUCGUCGCGGAGAACGAGGCGAGCGGCAUUGAGAAUGGCUGGUACACUCAAAUCGAUCGGAACAUCUUUGGCAGCACGGAGCACAGUCGCAACACGAUUGGCAGUCUGGUCAUACCCGUUGUGCGUAAGACCCAUUCCGGGAACUACACAUGCGAGCCGGAAAAUAGUGAUGCAGUUUCCAUACAGCUGCAUGUACUCAGUGGAGAGUAUUCCGCCUCAGCAAUAAUGUCCACAGCUGCCGGCCUGUACAGACAUGAACAUGGUUAUAAUAGGCUCCAUCAAUGGCUAAUAUUUCUGCUGGUAGCUCUGCAUAAGACAUGAGCACAUGGUAUCCAAAAUUGAGGCAUUAUCUUUUUAAGGCAUAACAUUAAUUUCUAGGUAAAUUGCACACCUUAUUAACUUAAUAUUAUCGCCGACACUUUCGGAGGUGUUUGCAGAUUUAUUUCACAUCAUUUCAGCACAUUUUCCUUUAUACAAUUUCUAGAUAAAAAAUGUCAUGUCCUUUGUUAUUGCUAUUGGAAUUAGAUUGCUAAGCAUUUUUAACUGUAAGCAUUCGAUUAAGUUUAAGACUAAGGGAUUUGCGUAAAUAAAGCCAGAGGCGUAUUAAGUAAGAAUCUAAAAAUGGAAAAAAAAGAGAAAAGUAAAUAAAACAAGCAGACGGAAGUCAGCUCGUUGUUCUAAUCAAA